UCAAGGCAAACCCAAAGGGAUUCAGAUCGUAGAGCUGGGGCCGGGAAGGGGCACAUUACUUGACGACAUGCUUCGUGCAAUGUCGAACUUUAAAGAAUGCUAUGAGACAAUAGAUGGCGUGCACCUGAUAGAGAUAAGCCCAGGAAUGCGCAGAAUUCAGAGGCUAAAGCUAUGCGGGAAUGCAGAAAACGUACGUAAAGAUAAUGUCGAAGUUGUCUCUCGAGAAAGUGACGGAUUAAAAUUCUUUUGGCGUGAUUCGAUUGAAGAGAUUCCGGGGCGGUGGUCCAUUAUUGUUUCUCAUGAAUUUUUCGAUGCGAUGCCGAUCCACAGAUUUGAGCUAAAAAAAAAUGGGUGGCAUGAGAUCAUAGUAGACGUGGAUGAUUCAGAAGACAGUCCUCAUCACUUUCGUUUUGAAUCAUCUACGGAGCCCACGUCUCCCGUAGCUUUCACGAAUCUUCCGCCACCCGAAAAAUUCAAAACCGGUGACCGGAUAGAGAUUUCGCCCGAAUCAUGGAAAAUUUCCAAUCAAAUUGCGAAAUACAUCCAUGAUAAUGGAGGUGCAUCGCUUAUUAUUGAUUAUGGUAAGGACUUUGUCCAGGGUGACACUUUAAGGGCGAUCAAAAGGCACAAAUUUAUUCAUCCUUUGUGUUCACCCGGCCUUGCGGAUUUGAGUGCAGAUGUAAAUUUCCGGGAUCUCAAGGAGUCCGCGAAAGGACUAGUUAACACAUACGGACCGAUUACACAGUCAAAGUUUCUACAAACCCUUGGCAUAAAAACCAGAUUAUCGAUGUUACUCGAGAAUGCUCCGCCUAACAGACGUGAGAUACUGGUUUCAUCAUACAGAAGACUUAUUGAUCCUCUGUCAAUGGGUGAAAUCUAUAAAGUAUUGGCAUUUAUUCCCAAAGGAUCUACCGGGGUGCCCGUUGCCUUUGAGUAA